AAUCCUUUCAUUCCGUUGGGUGGUGACCAGCCAAUGGGCCGGAGGGAUAGGACGCUCCUCCCGGAGAGUAGUGAGACCCCUGGUGCGGGGCGAUUGGUGGCGGUAGUGAUGAGUGGCAGCCCCCUAACCCAACAGGCGUAGUGCGUGGGCCGUGGGGCGGGGCCAGGGCGGGUGCGCGGCGGCGGCGGGGUGGCUGGGCCGGCGGCGGCGGCGGUACGAGGCGCGCGCUCGGGGUCCCGGUCGCGAGGAGGAGGAGGAUGUGGCGCGCGGAGGGGAAAUGGCUGCCGAAAACAAGCCGGAAGAGCGUUUCCCAAAGUGUAUUCUGCGGAACUAGCACCUACUGUGUUCUCAACACCGUGCCACCUCUAGAAGAUGAUCAUGGGAACAGCAAUAGUAGUCAUGUAAAAAUCUUUUUACCGAAAAAGCUGCUUGAAUGUCUGCCGAAAUGUUCAAGUUUACCCAAAGAGAGGCACCGUUGGAACACUAAUGAGGAAAUCGCAGCUUAUUUAAUAACGUUUGAGAAGCACGAAGAAUGGCUCACCACAUCCCCUAAGACAAGACCGCAGAAUGGCUCCAUGAUCCUCUACAACAGGAAGAAGGUGAAGUACAGGAAAGACGGGUACUGCUGGAAGAAGAGGAAAGAUGGGAAAACCACCCGCGAGGACCACAUGAAGCUGAAGGUCCAGGGAGUGGAGUGCUUGUACGGCUGCUAUGUCCAUUCUUCCAUCAUCCCCACCUUCCACCGGAGGUGCUACUGGCUCCUUCAGAACCCCGACAUCGUCCUGGUGCACUAUCUCAACGUCCCGGCCAUCGAGGACUGUGGCAAGCCCUGCGGCCCCAUCCUCUGCUCCAUCAACACCGACAAGAAGGAGUGGGCGAAAUGGACCAAGGAGGAGCUCAUCGGGCAGCUGAAGCCGAUGUUUCACGGCAUCAAGUGGACCUGCAGCAACGGCAACAGCAGCUCGGGCUUCUCCGUGGAGCAGCUGGUGCAGCAGAUCCUCGACAGCCACCAGACCAAGCCGCAGCCGCGGACCCACAACUGCCUGUGCGCCAGCGGCCUGGGAGCGGGCAGCAGCGUGCACCACAAGUGCAACAGUGCCAAACACCGCAUCAUCUCGCCGAAGGUGGAGCCGCGGACGGGGGGCUACGGGGGCCACGCGGAGGUACAGCACAAUGACGUGUCGGAGGGCAAACAGGAGCACAGCCACGUCAAGGGCUCGAGCCGCGAGAAGAGGAACGGCAAGGUGGCCAAGCCCGUGCUGCUGCACCAGAGCAGCACCGAGGUCUCGUCCACCAACCAGGUGGAGGUGCCCGACACCACCCAGAGCUCCCCCGUGUCCAUCAGCAGCGGCCUCAACAGCGACCCCGACAUGGCGGACAGCCCCGUGGUCACCGGCGUGUCCAGCAUGGCGGUGGCCUCCGUGAUGGGGAGCCUGUCCCAGAGCGCCACGGUCUUCAUGUCCGAGGUCACCAACGAGGCCGUGUACACCAUGUCCCCCACCGCCGGCCCCAACCACCACCUCCUCUCGCCCGACGCCUCGCAGGGCCUGGUCCUGGCCAUGAGCUCCGACGGCCACAAGUUCGCCUUCCCCACCCCGGGCGGCUCGGACAGCCUGUCCAUGCUGCCCUCCAACGUCUCCGAAGAGCUGGUCCUCUCCACCACCCUGGACGGCGGCCGGAAGAUUCCAGAAACCACCAUGAACUUUGACCCCGACUGUUUCCUCAACAACCCAAAGCAGGGCCAGACGUACGGGGGCGGGGGCCUGAAGGCCGAGAUGGUCAGCGCCGGCGUCCGGCACUCGCCUCCCGUGGAGAGGGCCUUCAGCUUCACCACCGUCCUCGCCAAGGAGAUCAAGACGGAGGACACCUCCUUCGAGCAGCAGAUGGCCAAAGAAGCGUACUCCUCGUCGGCCGCGGCGGCCGGCUCCCUCAGCCUGAGCGCGGGCCCCGGCCUGCUGCCGUCGGGCGGCGGCCUGAGCCCCAGCACCACCCUGGAGCAGAUGGACUUCAGCGCCAUCGACUCCAACAAGGACUAUGCGUCCAGCUUCAGCCAGACGGGCCACAGCCCCCACAUCCACCAGACCCCCUCCCCCAGCUUCUUCCUGCAGGACGCCAGCAAGCCCCUCCCCCUCGAGCAGAGCGCCCACAGCAGCCUGAGCGACUCCGGGGGCACCUUUGUGAUGCCCACGGUGAAAACGGAGGCCUCCUCGCAGACCAGCUCCUGCAGCGGCCACGUGGAGACACGGAUAGAGUCCACCUCCUCCCUCCACCUCAUGCAGUUUCAGGCCAAUUUCCAGGCCAUGGGUGCGGAAGGGGAGGUCACCAUGGAGACCUCGCAGGUGGCCGAAGGGGGCGAGGGCCUGAUCAAGUCCGGGGAGCUGCAGGCCUGCGGCUCCGAGCACUACCUGCAGCCCGAGACCCCCGGGGUGAUCCGCAGCACGGGCGGCGUCCCCCUCCUCCCGGGGAACGUGGUGCAGGGACUGUACCCCGUGGCCCAGCCCGGCCUCGGCAACGCCUCCAACAUGGAGCUCAGCCUGGACCACUUCGACAUCUCCUUCAGCAACCAGUUCUCCGACCUGAUCAACGACUUCAUCUCCGUGGAGGGGGGCAGCGGCACCAUCUACGGGCACCAGCUGGUGUCGGGGGACGGCGCGGCGCUCUCGCAGUCGGAGGACGGGGCCCGCGCCCCCUUCGCCCAGGCCGAGAUGUGCAUCCCCUGCUGCAGCCCCCAGCAGGGGAGCCUGCAGCUCAGCGGCGCCGAGGGCGGGGCCGGUGCCAUGGCCUACAUGCACGUCGCCGAGGUGGUCUCGGCCGCCUCGGCCCAGGGCACCCUGGGGAUGCUGCAGCAGAGCGGACGGGUGUUCAUGGUGACCGACUACUCCCCGGAGUGGUCCUACCCGGAGGGAGGAGUGAAGGUUCUCAUCACAGGCCCAUGGCAAGAAGCCAGCAAUAACUACAGCUGCCUGUUCGACCAGAUCUCAGUGCCUGCGUCCCUCAUCCAGCCCGGCGUGCUGCGCUGCUACUGCCCAGCCCAUGACACUGGUCUCGUGACCCUACAAGUUGCCUUCAACAACCAGAUCAUCUCCAACUCCGUGGUGUUUGAGUACAAAGCGCGGGCCCUGCCCACACUCCCCUCCUCACAGCAUGACUGGCUGUCACUAGACGACAACCAGUUCAGGAUGUCCAUCCUGGAGCGGCUGGAGCAGAUGGAGCGGAGGAUGGCGGAGAUGACGGGGUCCCAGCAGCACAAGCCGGGGAGCGCAGGAGGCGGCAGCGGCGGGGGCGCCAGCAGCGGGAACGGCGGAAGUCAAGCCCAGUGCGCUCCGGGCCCGGGGACGCUGGGCAGCUGCUUCGAGAGCCGCGUGGUCGUCGUGUGCGAGAAGAUGAUGAGCCGGGCCUGCUGGGCGAAGUCCAAGCACCUGAUCCACUCGAAGACCUUCCGUGGGAUGACGCUCCUGCACCUGGCGGCCGCCCAGGGCUACGCCACCCUCAUCCAGACCCUCAUCAAGUGGCGCACGAAGCACGCGGACAGCAUUGAUCUGGAGCUGGAAGUCGACCCCUUGAAUGUGGACCACUUCUCCUGCACCCCCCUGAUGUGGGCGUGCGCCCUCGGGCACCUGGAGGCCGCGGUCGUGCUGUACAAGUGGGACCGGCGGGCCAUCUCCAUCCCCGACUCCCUGGGGAGGCUGCCUCUGGGGAUCGCCAGGUCGCGGGGCCACGUGAAGUUAGCUGAGUGUCUCGAGCACCUACAGAGAGGGGAGCAGGCUCCGCUGGGACAGAGCCCCCGAAUCCACUGUCCCCCGAGCGAGGAGCCCCAUGCAGACGGCUGGAUGGCCCAGUGGCACAGCGAGGCCAUCGCCUCUCCAGAAAUCCCCAAAGGCGUCACCGUCAUUGCAAGUACCAAUCCGGAGCUGAGAAGACCUCGGUCUGAACCCUCUAAUUACUACAGCAGUGAGAGCCACAAAGAUUAUCCAGCUCCCAAAAAGCAUAAAUUGAACCCCGAGUCCUUCCAGGCGAGGCAGGAGGAGCUGCUGUCCACUGCACUGAGCCUGGAGCACCCCAGGAUCAGGAAGCAGAGCCCUAGUUCUAAGCAGGCCGCCCCCGAGACUCUCAGCCCCAGGGAAGGCGCGAGGGCCUGCAGCCGGGCACCCUCCCCUCCCUCUCCGGAGCCGGCGGGACUCCGAGCCGCUGCGGCCCAGCCCCAGCCCGUAGUGAGGUGGAGUCCCAAAGAUCUUUCCAUUGGUGUGUCUACAGUGCAGGUGACGGGCAGUCCGAAGGGGACCAGUGUAGGAAAGGAGGCAGCACCUGCACAGGUGCGACCACGGGAGCCCAUGAGCGUCCUGAUGAUGGCUAGCAGAGAGGUGGCGCACACAGAGAUGGGGCCCUACCGGGACAGUGCGGAGGCCGAGGACGGCUCGCAGCCCAUGGAUGACAUACAGGUGAACAUGAUGACCCUGGCGGAGCACAUCAUCGAGGCCACGCCUGAGCGCAUCAAGCAGGAGAACUUCGUGCCCAUGGAGGCCCCGGCCUUGGAGAGGACGGAGGCGGCCACCAUCAGCAGCACCAUGAGCUGGCUGGCCAGUUACCUGGCGGACGUGGACCACCUGCCGCACGCGGCCCAGCUCAGAAGCGCGUAUAGCGAGCCUCUCACCCCCUCUUCCAACACCAGCCUGAGCCCCGGGGGCUCUCCAGCCAGCGACAUGGCCUUCGAGAAGCCCAGCCUGCCCUCCGCAGCCGACUGGUCGGAGUUCCUGAGCGCGUCCACCAGCGAGAAGGUGGAGAACGAGUUCGCCCAGCUCACUCUGUCUGACCAUGAACAGCGCGAGCUCUAUGAGGCCGCCAGGCUCGUCCAGACCGCCUUCCGGAAAUACAAGGGCCGACCCUUGCGAGAACAGCAGGAAGUGGCCGCUGCCGUCAUCCAGCGCUGCUACAGGAAGUACAAACAGCUGACAUGGAUAGUCUUGAAGUACGCGCUGUACAAGAAGAUGACCCAGGCCGCCAUCCUGAUCCAGAGCAAGUUCCGCAGCUACUACGAGCAGAAGAAAUUCCAGCAGAGCCGGCGCGCGGCCGUGCUCAUCCAGAAGUUCUACCGCAGCUACCGGAGGUGCGGCCAGCGGCGGCCGGCGCGCCGGACCGCGGUCAUCGUGCAGCAGAGGCUCAGGAGCAGUUUGCUAACCAAAAAGCAGGAUCAAGCUGCUCGGAAAAUAAUGCGGUUUCUACGACGCUGUCGCCACAGCCCCCUGGCGGACCAUAGGCUGUACAAAAGGAGUGAAAGAAUUGAAAAAGGCCAAGGAACUUGAAGACAUACAGCAGCAUCCCUUAGCAAUGUGACAUUGCUUUUCAGACUGUUUUCAUUUCUGUUUUUAGCAGAGACAUGCAACAACACACAAGCGCGCGCGCGCACACACACACGCACACACACACACAAUCCCUCUGCAGUUUUGGAGAGAUCAGCUGCAGGAUUUUAACAGGAAUGUUUUGUUCAUUGCAUUUGCACUUUCAUGGACAACUUUUAAUUUGAUCAGCGAGACAUCAUGGAACUCAGUCUUCUGUUGGGUCGCGGGGAAACCAGACGCCGCGAGGAAGGGAGAGGCUCCCCUGGGGAAGCGGCCGCUUUCCUGCUCACAUAGGGCUGUACUCAAACAUCGCGUGGAACUGUACAAAUAUUUAUACCAAAAAUAUAGGGAAGAAGUGGUGGGGAUGCGCUGGCAACACGAGAACGCUGCUCCCGCGCCUGCCAGUGGCUUCCAAGAGGCUGACUCUUCGGGAUUCGUUGUCAGCGGAGGGCUUAGAUCACCCCAAUCUUUAUUGCGUCCGUGCGUUCUCAUUUCCUUCACUGUUCCGUUUGUUCUUGUUUUAACCUCGACAGCACACUUAAUGCAACUUUUUAAAAAAUCUGCAGGUUUUUAAUGUCUUGUGGAAAUUUGCAGAGGGGCGGGCGUGGCAAACGGGUAAUGCAUGGGAACUGAGGAGAAACCGCUACCAGAGUGAAGAUUUAUUUUCUUGCCCCCCCCACUCCCCCCACCCCCCACCCCCAGGAACCUGCGAGGACUCAUCGUGUCCCUUUUCUCAUGUUCAGCACUUUAAUUUUUUUGCCUUACUUUCAUGUGCAAUGGGGGUUACUUAGAGAAUCGGUAGAGCAUGUAGCUUUCUCCAGUAACCCUGGGAAGUGUAGUCAUUCUGAGGAAUCAUAAACCUUGCCUGGACAUUUGCCACCUAAAAGAUCAGCGUGGUGCUGCGUUCUGGCCAGUAAAUUCCAUAUUUUUGGCUAUAUCUCAUCCAAACAGAGCAGUUUCUGUGUAUAUAUAGAAGGUAGAGAUGGAAAGUGAGAAAUAUUUGAAAGGGAUUAUAUUAAUUGCUAAAUAUUUUAUUCACAAAGGUCAAUAACAUGGCAAGAUAAAAUUAUUUGUAUAGUUUUGUCUGAAUGAGCAAGAAAAAUGUGGAUGUAUUGUUUGUAUAUAUUGUAUAUAUUAAAACAAAGAGAUAUGUGCAUGAAAUCAAGAAAAAAGAAAUGAACACAAGCAAAGCAUUAGUGGCUAUGGUCUGUAAAAUGAAACAAAAAAAAAACUUUAUUUCACUAUAAGAGUACUUUAUUUUAAAUGUUCUUUAGAAGAACAUUUUGCUAAAGCAUGACUAAACUGCAAAUAAAAUAAAAAUAAAAAAAGAGCUACUGUAUUUAGACUUAGGAGAAAAGGCAGAGUAACAUUACUUAAAAAAAAGGAUAUGUUUACAUUUAAUUUUGGCUACCAGGAGUUUAUUUUAUUUUAUUUAAAAAAAAAAUUUUGCCAAUGGUGCCAAGUAAUGUGAAUGCUAAUAAUUGCUUAAGAAAAUUAAGUUCCUUUUGCUAAACAGAUAAUCAUAAGAUGAAUCCGUAAAACAGCUUAAUACCAUCCACUCGCUCCAGCGAAGAAUACUUAGGACGACCAAACCCUGACAAAAGAAAUAGUGCGAAAGGUAGAAAAAUGUCUCACGUUUUCAUGUCUCCUGCUGGAAAUCAGAACAUGUCAUUUAAAAAAACUGCACACAAAAGAAAUAACUAAAACUUUAAGAGAUGCAGACUGGUCUUGUAGGGAUGUCACGGCACAUGACUAUUUUCACAGAACGAGGAGCCAAAGAAAUCUGAUGCUUUUAAACAUUCAACUACUAACGUCCCAUCGAGGAGAGUCCAGUUCGCAUCUGCCGAUGCCAGUUUAAAAAUUCCCAGGUUACGUUUCAGGACCAGUUGGUGUAAAGCUGACAUCAUCGUGUGUGUGUGUGUUUUCUUUUCUUGGUUCUGGCUGCCAACUGUAAGUUCAAACUCAAGGCUCGUUGUGAAGCCUAAAAAUAUUCACAAAUAAGCUUUUAAACUGGUGUCUUUUCAGAAGGAAGGUAGACACAACAGGAUCGAGGUAAACACUGGGGUCAGUGCUCUUGGUGCCUUUUCUAUAAUUGUACUUGUUUUUUAAUUCCUUUCACUGCCAACCUCAAAUUACUGUACAGUAUACGUCUUACUGCUUGUGAUCAGCUUCGACCACAGUGACAGCCCCACAACUAGUAGCCAUCUGUACAUUUGUAAACUGAGCUGACUCAAUUUUGUUAUUUUAAAUGUGUGGGUUCUGUUACAGCUGUUGCAGUCCUCCCCCCCACACCCCACACCCCACACCCCACCCACGAUCCCUUUUAUUUUACAGUUUAACCUACAGGAGGACACAGUCAUUUACACACACACACACACACACACACACACACAAUUGCAUUCCUAAGUGGGAAUAGAACGUGAAAGCCAGCUCUCUCAGAAUAUCCUGUCUUAAUGCCGAAUUUAGAUGUUUAUUCCAUUUAUUCUGGUACAAAUAACUGAUCUUUUGACAAGAGUAAUGACCUCAGUGGGUUUGCUUUAACCCUCACACUUAUUUUGUUCAUGUUCCACAUGCUACAUUAUUCGCUGAGCGAGUUAGACAAUUCGGGAAGAGAAAGACUGAUGGAGAAUUGGGAGGGUUCUCGCGGAGGGGACAGGAAGUAGCAGUCCAACUGUGAAUCCUAGGGGGGGUACCAGUACGCUCCCACCGAUACGAAGCACUUCUGACCGCUUUUCCUCGGUUAUGAAUCUUAAUUUUGAAUAUAAGAUGAUAGGUAAGCGCAGCUUUCUUGGAUAAUCUGAAUUCCCAAGUGCCAGGAGUAGAUUUCAUUAUAAAAGUUAAUAGCUAAUCUUAUUCUGUCUCCUGAAGAUUUCAUUGCUAUUCUUGUUACCCAUCUGAAAUCAGCUGUACUGUGUGAACGAAAUAAAGACACUAACUCGAACCCCUUUCUGGCUGCACGGUCGCUUAUGGCAGUUCCACACAGUAGUUGGCGCCCAAUGGGGGGUCCCUGAGACUUGCAUGUAAAACUAGUCUAGAUGUCUUCUUUUUUGUAAGUUUUAUUUUUGUAAUUGUGCAUGUAAAGCAUCAUUGAAUCAAUGGAUCUGUUGAAGAACUCAGCUGCUGGAAACCAUGCAAAAUGUUUUGAAUUGCCCUUAAAAAUAUGGAAAAUGUUUUCUGAAUGCUUUAUAUUCUUUCUGCUGUAAAUUAAAAAUGAAGAAAAUUUCCCCAUA